AUGCCGUCCCAGGUCGGAGACAUGACUCUAGCCGGGCCAGGAGGAGCAGGGCUGCCCGCCAACACGUCGGUUCCCUCCAGCCCGACCCCAGGCACUGACCCCCGGGGAUGCGAGAAUGGCGCCUUGAUGGACUCGUUUGGGAUUUUCCUGCAAGGUCUUCUGGCGGUGAUGGCUUUCAGCACGCUUAUGUGUGAGUAUGGCAAGAGGCUUGUUGUGGUUCUUAUAUCUGACCCCAGUCAUCCAAUAGCAUCGCUUGGUUGAUCAAAGAUGAUAUUGAUCUCAGCUGUGAGGCUGUGGCUAAGACAGGAAGAGGCAGACACUCAGAACAAAGACUUUUCUGCCUCUUUAAAUCUAAAUGGAGAGUAAUCAGUUCAACGUAACACUGCAUAUGCAUCCCCGUUUUGUUUGUUAAAGUGAUUGGUUGCAGUUUCAAUAGAGGCUGCUUGCUCUCUUUACUACAUGACAAACACAGUGAUAAAGAUGAGGAAGUUAAUCCACAGGGGACUUUUAGAGUAUUUGCUUCAAGGGUUUCUGCAAGUUCAAGAGGCUUGCAGAUCCAAAUCCAUUUUAAACUAGAAAAGCACUCGGAGAGCGCAGACCUCCGCCAAGCAGCUCAUGUCCCCCCAUAUAUUGUGAUUCACACCAAAACUUUUACUGUUACAUGUCUUUUAUUAUCUUCUAUUUGUGUUUAAACUGGUAUGUUCACUGUUCAUAAUGUUCCUAAAACAAGAAAUGCCCUGACCCAGAUUCAAACCCAGGACCUUCUUACUGUGAGGCAACAGUGCUAACCACUACACCACUGUACCGCCCAUCUAUUCCACUGUGCCGCCCAUUGGUUAUCUUUCAGCAUUGAAAAUUCCAAUGACACCCUUAUUUUUGUGUGUUCUGGAUCACAGUAUCCGGAAUUUUGUCUGGAUCAGGAUCAACCUUUGACGCCUCAUAAAACUCAUUGAGAUCCUUUUGUGUCAUUUUUUACUAAAGACUCUGCCCAUUUUUAUAGAGUUAAAUGCAAAAAUUCCCAAAUUUGCCCUAUCUCACAAUGAUUAAGAAUCCUUCAAAAAAUUCCUGGAUCCAGAAGGCGAUCCGGAUCACCACCAAAAUGUAAUGGGAUCCUCCUGGGGCUGAGACGCACCUCUGGUGAAAAUUUCAGGUCAAUCCACCUGUAACUUUUUCUGUAAAGUUGUUCACAGACAAACAAACAAACAAACAAACCAACGCUACCGAAAACAUAACUUCCUUGGAGGAGGUAAAUACUGGUUUUCCAAACAAAUACAGGCCCGAUGUAUUUAAAGGUGGAGUAGGCAGGAAUCUGUUAAAGAAGCAUCUUUUUUGUGGUGUAUAUGCAAAAAAUCUUUUAAUAUCAGUCAAUAGCUAUUAGUUAUUGAUGACAUUUAGUAAUAUCCCGAUAUAGCUGUGUUUUGUUAUGUCUGUAUAGUCAACAGUUUACCUUUUUUUGAGCGGCCCACUCUUUCUGACAAAGCCAUUCUCCGCCUCCCCCAACCUGAUUGGUUGUGAGGCAGAUGCUGCUCCCGUGUUGUUCAAGAGCCCAAACAAAGUUAGCGUGCUACAAUAUCAGACAGUAGAAACCAACCAGAGAGUACGGAAAAUUGUCUAAAUCCUCCUUUGACCAUGACUGCUGACACAAGCAAGAAAACGAAAGUAUUUACCAGAGACUCUGGCGGAAUAAGGGGCGCUUAAAAAGCCGGGAAAGAGCUAAGAAGCUGGGUCAACAUCAGCAUAAACGAUGGGGGACGCAUCGGGAUCUUACGGACCCUGUAACCUUUCUGCUGGACAGGUAAACCGCUUUAACAAAGUAAGCCAAGUUUCUGUGACAGAAGUGUUUCUUUAAAACGGAACCUGCUGCGUGUUGUAGCGCCGCUUAACUGUUUACUUCGGGUCCUGGAGUAUGUCAUGUUAUCCUAGUUGUAGAAGUCCUGCAAACAUUGUAUUUGCUGGUAGUCUGUUGGCAUCUACAGUAGCACCAAUGCUUUUUACUUUCACGUUGACUGGGCCACAUUUGUAAUUAUCUGAAGUAUUUAUCUGCAUUAUUAUCUGAAUUUAAUUGAAACGAUACGAGCGAGCAGUAGCGUCUGUUUGUGGGUGGGGCUUUCUGGAGCAGAGGGGAAAACUGCUUGGGAGGGGUAGUGUUUACACUCAAGAUUUCUCCCCAAAACUGGCACUUCCUCAGAUCUCGCCUACCCCACCUUUAAGAUAACUUUUGCCAUGUGAGGUACACUCCCCCAAAUGUGUUAAUCAAUCUAUUCUGCAGCUACUGAAUACAUGCUUUCUUGAAUUUAUAUGAAAUCUACUCAUCUAGCACCUGCUUUACUCUUCAAAUAACAAAUAAAAUGAUAAGUAUUACACAAAGAGUAUUACACAGUCAAACAGGCAUGCACACUGAUGUUGUAGCCUUUGGGAAUCAGUUUGAGCCCCAGUAUCUUCAAGUGGUCUGCUGGAUUCAGAAAUUGCUCAAAUUGAUAACUCCCCUCUGAUAUCCACCUUUAUAAGUGGCUCCGGACCUUUUCCCUCUGCCACCCACUUCUUGUACUCAAAGACAGAGCCACCCCUCCUCCAGGCCCUCAAAAUAAGUCAUGCACCUCUAUCAAAACUAUCCUAGCAAAAGACAUUAGCAAACUAUAACUGUCAAAACUAUCCAUGUAUUCCUUUCUAUGUCUCUGGUCGAGGCAGCUUCAUAUACAACCUCGUUUUGACAAAGGAAGUAUUGGCAUGAAUUAAGCCAAAGUACCACAGGGUGAGUUUCAGGCUCGGCACUGUUAGCUGUGUGACCUAAUGUGAGCAGUUCCAGUUUUGUUUGUCCCAGCAGCCCUGCAGCAGCGUAGAAUGUUCAGCAUUUAAGCGUCGUUCUCUUUUUAUUUGUUGCUGGAGGCGUUUCUCUGAGCUGAGGCCUCCGCCUGCAUUCACAUCACACCCAGCUGCAAGCAGGGUGUGUUAGGUCUGAAGUCACACUUGUGCUUGAAGCAGAAACUGAGGUCAUGGCUCACAGAAUGACUACACUGCAUGAAUACACAAAAAGCCGGGAAAAAAAACUGCGUAAUGUUUAGGUUUUGCUGGGUUUGAAGUGUUUACGCAGCUUUAAAAAAAUGCACAUGUCGUCUGCGUAUCAUUCAAGAAAAGUAACCAUAACAAGACUGCCUUCUUAGGGCAGCUCUGUGCCACUCAGGAGAAGAUGGUAGAAGGGUGUCAUGGCAAACAAAUCACUAUUGUGUGGAACAACAAGGGCUUUAUUUGUGCUGAACACGCCACUGAAAUCAGAGUUUAGUCUUUGAGCAUAACAGAGCAAUACUUUUUUAUUUGGAGAAUUUAAUUAAAGUAAGGACUUAUGAGAAGCCUACAAAGACACCUAUGAGUACCUAUGACAUUUGCAUGUGGCUGAGGUAGCUGUCAUGAAUAAAAUAAUGUUUUCAGAGACUGUCAUGGCGCUGCUGUAGAACAGGUUUGCUGUCUAUAAACUGUCUCGUCAAUGAAGAAUUAAUAGCAUGACUCACUUUAUCCUUGUGGCCAUUUUAACAGAAAAGUUUCACUGUUACCUGUCACUCUGGCAGCAGGUUAAGAUGGAAGCUAAAAAUAUGUCAGAUCAGUAGAUUUUUAGCUGCUGCAUGUGGUGUUAGCCUUUAAGUUUGUGUUUGACCACCACGUCUGCUUUUUCUGUGACCAACAACAUGCUGCCUUUUGUUACUUCUGCUACAAGGCGUAAAUUUAGCCUCUAUCAUGCAGACCUUCUCACUUUAACCUCCUAAGACCUGGCGUCCACAUGUGUGGACAUCACAUUUUUGGUUAUCAAGACCACAAUAUUGAAUUUUGUUCACAAGGGCCUUCUCUCAAAAUUUAAAACGAAUGUCCUCAUAUGUGGACAUCAUUUUUCUCAGAAACUACAUCAUGUAAAAAGAUCAUUCUUUGUUUUUUACACUCAUCAGGUCCCAAUUAGCCUAAAUAUCAAAGAGAAAAUAAAAAUGCAUGCCUUGCAAGAGUUCGGGUCUUAGAAGGUUAAGGCAGACUUCAGGCCUGACGAACAAACAUGACAUUUUUGUGAGCCCACUUGUGUAAUGUUUAACAACUCAAAAAGGGGAAGUUGACAGAUUCUGUCUUGUUGACAGCUCACAUGAGGGUUAUAUCUCAGCCAAAUUAGAGCUAGGGUAAUUCUGUGUCUUUAUUUAUAUUGUCCUCUGUUUUUAAUUUGUAAUUUUGUUUAAAAAGCUCCACUAUCUUUAUUUUUCUGUCUUUCCUUCAUAGUGAAACGUUUCAGAGAGCCAAAACAUGAGAGGAGACCCUGGAAGAUCUGGUAAGACAGCCAAGCCAGCAUGAAUUCAUAUUACUGCAUCAAAUUAAUCUCUCUGGACAACAAGCUGUCCUGUCUCCCUGCAGGUUCCUGGACACCUCAAAGCAGGCCAUCGGGAUGCUGUUUAUCCACUUUGCUAAUGUCUUCUUGUCAGACCUCACAGAGGAGGAUCCAUGCUCUUUGUGAGUCAAUUUUGAUCUUUCUUUCUUCUCAUCGCUGCAUGGUAGACUGAUCGACUGUCCAGAAACUGUGUGAAAAUUAAAGGACACUCCAAAUGCCGUCUGUAUUCACAAUUACAUGUCUCUUUCACACCCAGAUACCUCAUUAACUUCUUGUUGGAUGCUUCUCUGGGCAUGUUAAUAAUCUACGCCGGGGUGAGAGCCGUCAGUGCAAUCGUAGAGUGGAGGCAGUGGGACUCUCUACGAUUUGGAGAAUAUGGUGAGGAGAAUAUGUGUGAGUCGGUAAUGAGGGUGUUCUGAAUAUUCCUCAAAUACCUGCAGUGUCCAAUGGAGGGCAGUAACUGCCCUCAGCUGUGCUGUGCUGUGCUGCAAUGUCAGAUCGAACACCGCCAGUGCACACUUUGUCCCCAAAACACUUGUCCACCAUCUCAGUGUAACGCUGAGGUGGUGAAAUCUAAUAAUAAUGGUUCCGUGCCACAUAUCUAAAUAUCAAAGCAGAUAUUUCUGUUGGUGUUGUUGUUACAAAAUCUGGCUCUCUUUUUCAGUGUGUGCUUGAUUGUGUUUUCUUUGUGUAUGUGUGUGUGUGUCUAGGAGAGCCAGUACAGUGCACAGCGUGGUUGGGCCAGUGCGUCCUUUACAUCCUCAUCAUGAUGUUUGAGAAGGUCCUUAUCAUGCUCGUCCUCCUCAUCCCUCAGUGGAAGAAGGUCAGAAAAACACAUGAUUAUAAAAUACAGUGAAUGCAUGUAUUUCCUUUUGUGUUAUACUUGAAUUUGUUAAUUUUCACUACAUGGGGAUGUUGCAGAGCUGAUUGACUGAGGUUUUGAACAUAUGAAAAAAAAUGUCAUUAUGCUACAUCUCGCCCAGUAUGCUUGUCUGACUGUUGUGUCUUGUGCUUGUCUUGUUUCCUCCAUCUGAAAUUAUUCAGUAGGUUCUUUGUCGUCUUGUUAUAGAUGCAGAGCAUUGCAGGUUUUAUUUCACAAGGACAGUUUUUCAUACUAGUUUUUAGAAAGCUUAUAUUCACAAAGAAUGGUUGUGAUUCACCCAAGGUCUGACUCACAAAGCAUAUUGCACGAAUGAUAUUCAAGCACAAAAAUGCUCACAGAGUUUCGCAAGUCCCUAAAGCUCGAUCUUGUUGUGUCACAUUGUGAAGAUGAAGAGAAGCUGUUUGCAUGUCUGCUCUCUGCUGCACAGGGAUGUGCUGUGUGCUCCCAUCUGACCGUGCUCAAUCAUGUCCUCAUCUGAUGAUGAGCUAGAUGGGAAGGGGACACUCGUCACUAUUUCAGAUGUGAUAUAAAGUUCCAAUUUAAUACAGCGUACCUUCUGCAAAGAGCAGGCCAUUCAGAUUAAAUCACACUCACACUCUCUGCUGUUCAAUACAAUUCUUGUUUAUUUAUUUAUUUAUACGGCGCCAAAUCACAACAGUCUUCACCCCAAGACGCUUUCCAAAAGAGCAGGUCUAGACCGCGCUCAUUGUUUGAUGUAUUACAAAGAGGUUGUGUUGUGUAGCACUGCCUGUUUGUGUGGAGGCUGAGCUACAAAGAGUCCCUGACUGAUGUAACCUGUGAAUUUCAUAGCAAAAGAAAUUUCAAAGUAACAAAAAUGUAGAGGGUACAUCACUUUUAGGUCAGUCAGAGGCGGAAUUGUUGUUGUGAUCACUCGGAGGUUUGAGUCUGGCAUUUCCAUUUAAAGAAUUUGUCCAAUCUAAAAAUUAAUCAAGUCGAGUGAAUUUGUCUUUGUAGCUCAUUUGCACAGGUUACCUGGUGCAAUUGAGUUCCAGAGAAUAACAGGAGUCAUCACGAAAACCAAAGUAGCACCAUCAGUCAGCCAAGACUGACCUCAAAACCACCGGAUGAAAUGAUCAAAAUCCAAGACUGACUUGACCUUACAGUGAUCGUUCAGUGCUUGAUUCCACAUUUUAAAAAAAUGCUGUUUUUCAUCAGCCAAGCAGUGCCAGACUCAUCUGCCAGCCCGGGCACAAGGCUGUUGUUUUAUGACCAAAUACAAACAAACUUCCAAGCUAAAUAUCAGGUUGAUCUUUGGUCCACCAACAUCAAAUGACAAUGUUUGUGGUACGAACAGACCUUAGGCCAAGGUGUGAGACAGAGAGAGUACGAUUCAGAGGUUGCUGUGACAGGUUUGAAAACCAAAAGAAAAGGUCUUUGAAGACAAGAUUCUAAGGUGUAUCAAACCCUUCAUCAAAAAAAAAAGACCUGUUUCGAGCACAUUUCUGCCUUGUUGUUCCCAUGACAAUGAAGCUUGUUGCACAAAUCCAGUAACCACUCUUCAUGAAACAGAUCCCUGAUAUUCUGCAGAAAUCUGGAGGUAAAAAAGGAUCCCUUUAAGUCUUGUUUCUUAUUUAGGGAGCCAUAUUUUGUCAACACUAUUUUACCACUGAAGAAGCUGUUUCAGAAAAAGCAACAUAUAUAUAUAUAGAGCUUGUAUUUACCCUUUGAUCAUUUCUGUAGUUCUAGUUGUUAGCCAUUAAAAAGGGAGGAGGAGGACGAGGUUUUUAAGUGAAGAACAUAACACAGUAGUAAUGGGCAGGAUCAGAGGGAAGAUUAGAUGAGUCGCUUUUUCAAGAGGAGGCUUGAAUCAACAUGAAAUGAAAUUUCCCCAAGGCUGCUUUCACUUGUUCAGACUAAAUGUUCCAUUUUUAUUCCCAACGAGGGAAAAAUUAAAGCUGAUCAGCUUCUUGAUUUGGAGCAUCAUAAAAGAAACAUUUCACUGAUGUUAAGUUUUUUUCUUUUUUUAAUGUGCUAUCACUAGUUUUAAGAUCAUGGUUCACCACCAGUCCUGCUUUCUCUGGGAUAGUUAUUUAUUUGACGGGCAAGUGGUUUCUCGCAAGUCUUUGGGCAGCAGUGAAGGAGCUUAGUCAGUUUCCUCUCUCAUGAAACAGUUGUAUAAUGACACAGAAGUGUGCAUUUGUGACACUGUUAGUGAUCCAGUGAAGUAAAAGGGGCAUAAAAACAGGUGUUUCCUGACCAGGAAUUGAACGCGGGUCGCAGUCGUGAGAGUGCCAAAUCCUAACCACUAGACCACUAGGGAGGUAGGAGGUAUUUAAUUUAGUUGUGCUGGUAUUUUUCCAGGGAUUAGCAUGCUUCAAAAUUUUACUUGAGGUCUUUUGUUAUUUUUUAUAUAUCUUCAGACAUCCUAAGUUUUUUGCUUUUCCGUAAUCAAGGCUGAAAACCUUCUUACAGCGAGUGUUCACGUUGUAUUCGAUUAAAUAACUUUCUCUCAAUGUUUAUCUUCUUACUACUUAAAAUGCCUCUUCUGUUUCUCUGAUUUAGUCACAAGAGAGCUGAAUUACAUUCAUUCGGAUGCGCAACUGAGGGUGUGCCACAAUCAGUUUGCUUUAUUUCUUACACCUGUAUGCUCUGUUGUUAGGUUUUUUUUUUUAUGUUGUCAACACCUGCACGUAUAUGAGGCCCCCCUUGAGUGGUCAGAGGAAUCCUUUGUGUACACACUCAGUACUGUCAUGAUUGUUUCUGUUGUUGUUUCACAUUGUUCUGUGCAAUAUCUCAACACUUUGACAACUAUGUCUAAAGAUAUUGCCAGUGAAUAUGGUUUGACUUCUAGUGUUGUCGGUUCAGACUUUUAAGUAGAAGUGAAAUCAAUAUUGAAUGAACUCACUUUAAGAGAUACGCUGAGUCCUUUUUAAUUUAAUACAAUGAAGAUCUCAGAACUCAGUUGAAAACGCUUUUCUGGUCCGAGUUUGAUCAGUCGAUCUUCCUGUCGGCGUUAAGAGCAGUAGCCUACAGUAUAUCUACAGUGUAAAGUAUACUUUAGAUAGAUAUUUUUAUAUAACUUCAUUUAAAAAAAUAAAUAAUCGGUAAGUUUUAAUCCCCUAAUAAAAUCGAGCCCUAAUUUGUACCCCGUCUGAUUAUGUUACAGCUCCUUUAUCAGGUCUCAGCUGCCAGUGCUGAUCUUUGAUCUCAGGCCUCUUAGAGUUGUGCUGUCUGUGUUGCUGCUGUGUAUGCUUAGUCUGUUCUGUUGCAUAUGUGUUAUAUAUGUUUGUGUUUGUCGCAGCUGGCACUCCUCAACCCCAUACAGAAUCCUGACCUGGAGCUGGCCAUCGUUAUGCUCAUCGUCCCGUUCUUCAUCAACGUAAGUCUGCUGUUAUUAUGUGUUGUGUUUUUCUUUGUACCUUUUGUGUUGUGUGUCUCCUGGGAUCCUGCAUGUCUGUAAUCAUCCCUAUCUGUUCAUACCACUGUGAUGUCUUGUAUGUGUCUAAAAGAAAAUCAAUUCUCCACAGUUUUUAUAAAGAAUCAUUUCCAUCAGGAACAUAAUAGGCCCUGUAAUCUUCUGUGUUUUUGUAGGCUCUCAUGUUCUGGGUGGUGGAUAAUUUUCUAAUGAAGAAGCACAGGACAAAAGCAAAGCUAGAGGAGAGAGAGGAGGACUCACGGGGGAACAGCAAGGUGCGCUACAGAAGAGCUCUGUCCCACGAUGACUCUGAGUCAGAAGUAAGUGUCACUGUUAAUACACAUCUGUAGGAAGCACAUGAAAAAGGACUCCAAGAACAUCUAAACAAGGUCAAACUCGAGCAAUAAAAAUAUAGGAGUCUCCUUUUUACAUGUGCUUAUACACUCUUAUUGAACAAAUGCUAUGACAAGAGAUUAAAACGAUGAAAUAAGAGUAUAAUGAAACAAUUCAAGCUUCACUAUCCAGACAGUGUGGUUUAACAGUUGAAGGGGGGGAAAAAAAACAGAUGUUUGACUAUUUCAAAAUAGUUUGCUGAGGACAUACAGGUGACUAUGGGUCAUCAUCCGACUGGACAGUUGCUGAGAAAUGGACUUAAAUAUACAAAGGUCACGUAUUGCAGCACUGCGUAUCACACAGCAAAUAGGUUGCCAUUCUAAUCAACGCAGCAUCACAUACAAAUACUGAGUUUCCUGAAUACUAAACCAAAACUGUAAAGUUACGUUGCAUUUUUGACACGUAGUAGAGGCUCAACCUUCACAGGGUUGUAUCCAAAUUAACAGGAAAUCGACCACAGAAAGGCAAAACAACCUGUGAGCAUGUUGUUUCCUAAAUACUGAGCCCAGCUGACCGGGGCUGCACUUUGCUGCUGCCACUCCAAAUACUCAUCCUGUAUGCGAUACCAAACGCUGCUCUAUGGAGCAAAUACAGAACACACUUAAUACGGAUCCUGUAUGUUUUCAAUCCCUGAUCCAUGUGGACCCCAACAGGACUUUUAGCUGCUGACUCUGUUUGAAGGAGUUCACCUGAAAAACCAAAACUUUACAGUCACGUUGCAUUUUUCACACAUAUAGUAGAGGCUCAACCUUCACAGAAUUGUAUCCAAAUUAACAGGAAAUCGACCACAGAAAGGCAAAACAAACUGUGAGCAUUUUGUUUCCUAAAUACUGAGCCCAGCUGACCGGGGCUGCACUAAGCUUUGCCCCAUACCAAAUACGGAACACGCUUAAUACAGAUCCUGUAUGUUUUCAGGCUUAAGUCUUCACUGUUAGAAGACCUAAAACAUGUGUCUUAUGUUUCUAGGGUGUGGAUAAAGCAUGGCAGCUCAGCUAUAGAAGUCCAAACUAUUGUGUACUAUGAUUAAAUUGCACAUGGAAGUAGGCCUGGGUGAUUUGGCAAAAAAAAUGAUCACAACAUAUUUUGUCAUAUCGUCCGAUCUCAAUUAUUAUCACAGUUUUUUUAGACUGCCAGUAUCUGUACUAAAAACUAAGAAACAAGAGGUUAGUUCAACAUUUUAUUAACAUACAUAACAUAAUCUGUCACAUAGCAGGUGUUUGUAUAAUGAGCUUUGUACAAUUAAAAAGUAUCAAUGACUUUGAGAAUGUUAGGUAUUUGUAGUAUGAAUUUAUGAAUGUAAAAAAUAUAUAAGACUUAACAGUAUUUUGAAAGUUACCAGUGUGUCCAUUCUCCAACCUUUUUUCCUCAAAAUCCCAUGAGCGUACGCCUUCUUUUGUGAACACUCAUUUUAAAUGCAGAAACACACUGAGCUGUGCUUUAAAAAUGGCACAAUGGCUCCUCCUGGUUACAUGAUCAUUGCAGACAUACAGUGGAUAUAAAAAGUCUACACACCCCUGUUCAACUGCCAAGUUUUUGUCAUGUAAAAAAAUUAAAUCAAAAUAAAUAAAUUCACAACUUCUUCCACCUUGAAUCUGACAUAUAACCUGUACAACACAAUUGAAAAACAAACCGAAAUCUUUCAGGGAGGUGAAGUAAAAAUAAACAACUGAGAUCAUGUGGUUGCACAAGUGUGCACACCCUUUAAUAACAUGGGAUGUGGCUGUGCUCAGAUUUAACCAAUAACAUUCAAACUCAGGUUAAAUUGGAGUCAGCACAUACCUGUCAUCAAAGUGCCUCUGAUCAACCCCAAAUAACGUUCAGCUGUUCUAGUCGGCUUUUCCUGAUAUUUUUGUAGCCACAUCUUCCGGCACAAGCCAUGGUCCGCAGAGAGCUUCCGAAGCAUCAGAGGGAUCUCAUUAUUCACAGAUAUCAGUCAGGUGAGGGCUACAAAAGAAUUUCCAAGGAAUUGAAUAUACCAUGGAACACAGUAAAGAACAUCAUCAUCAAGUGGAGAAAAUAUGGCACAACGGUGACAUUACCAAGAACAGGACAUCUGUCCAAAAUUGAUGAUAAGACAAGAAGAAAACUGGUCAGGGAGGCUACCAAGAGGCUGACAGCAACACUGAAGGAGCUGCAGGAAUUUCUGGCAAGUACUGGCUGUGUAGAACAUGUGACAACAAUCUCCUGCUGUCUUCAUAUGUCUGGGCUGUGAGGUAGGGUGGCAAGACGGAAGCCUUAUCUUACAAAGAAAAACAUCAAAGCUCGUCUUAAUUUUGCAAAAAGACAUCUGAAAUCUCCCAAACGCAUGUGGGAAAAUGUGUUAUGGUCUGAUGAAACCAAAGUUGAACUUUUUGGGCAUCAUUGCAAAAGGUAUAUUUGGCACAAAAUCAACACUGCUCAUCACCAAAAGAACACCAUACCCAGAGUGAAGCAUGGUGGUGGCAGCAUCAUGCUUUGGGGCUGUUUUUCUUCAGCUGGAACUAGUGCCUUAGUCAGGGUGGAGGGAAUUAUGAACAGUUCCAAAUACCAGUCAGUGUUGGCACAAAACCUUUGGCCUUCUGUUAGAAAGCUGAAGAUGAAGAGGAACAUCAUCUUUCAGCACAACAAUGACCUAAAGCGCACAUCUAAAUCAACAAAAGAAUGGCUUCACUGGAAUAAAAUUGAGACUUUGGAAUGGCCCAGCCAGAGCCCAGACCUGAAUCCCAUUGAACAUUUGUCGGGUGAUCUGAACAGGGCUGUGCAUAGAAGAUGCCCUCGCAAUCUGUCAGAUUUGAAGCGGUUUUGCAAAGAAGAGUGGGCAAAUAUUGCUACAUCAAGAUGUGCCACGCUGAUAGACUCCUACCCAAAAAGACUGAGUGCUGUAAUAAAAGCCCAAGGUGCUGCAGCAAAGUAUUAGUUUAAGGGUGUGCAUAUUUAUGCAACCAGGUUAUUUUAACUUUUCUAUUUUUUAUUUUUUCCCUUAAAGGUUUCAGUUUGUUUUUCAAUUGCAUUGUACAGGUUAUAGGUCACAUUAAAGGUGGAAGAAGUUGUAAAAUUAUUUAUCUUGAUUUAAUUUUUUUACAUGACAAAAACCUGGCAGUUGAACAGGGGUGUGUAGACUUUUUAUAUCCACUGUAGCAGUAAAGGCUAAAACAUACAGGAUCCGUAUGGAGCACGUAUCGCAGCACUGCGUAUCACGCAGCAAAUAGGUUGCCAUUCUAAUAAACGCAGCAUCACAUAAAAAUACUGAGUUUCCUGAAUACUAAACCAAAACUUUAAAGUCACGUUGCAUUUUUCACACUUAGUAGAGGCUCAACCUUCACAGAAUUGUAUCCAAAUUAGCAGGAAAUCGACCACAGAAAGGCAAAACAACCUGUGAGCAUGUUGUUUCCUAAAUACUGAGACCAGCUGACCGGGGCUGCACUUUGCUGCUGCCACGCUCCAAAAAUGCAUCAUGAAUGCGAUACCAAACGCUGCUCUGUGGAGCAAAUACUUCAAACAGAUCCUGUAUGUUUUCAAUCCCUGAUCCAUGUGGACCACAACAGGACUUUUAGUUGCUGAAUCUGUCUGAAUGAGUUUACCUGAAAAACUAAAACUUUAAAGUCACGUUGCAUUUUUCACACGUAGUAGAGGCUUAACGUUCACUGAAUUGUAUCCAAAUUAGCAGGAAAUCGACCACAGAAAGGCAAAACAACCUGUCUUGAGCAUGUUGUUUCCUAAAUACUGAGCCCAGCUGACCGGGGCUGCACUAAGCUCCAUUUACCCCCAUACCAAAUACGAAACACGCAGAUCCUGUAUGUUUUCGGCUUAAGUCUUCACUGUUAUAAAACCUAAAACAUGUGUCUUAUGUUUCUAGGGUGUGGAUAAAGCAUGGCAGCUCAGCUAUAGAAGUCCAAACUAUUGUGUACUAUGAUUAAAUUGCACAUGGAAGUAGGCCUGGGCGAUUUGGCAAAAAAAAUGAUCACAACCUAUUUUGUCAAUUUUUGCCAGUUUUAAAGUAUCUGUACUCAAAACUAAAGAAACUGGAGAUUCCCAGCGAGCAUUUUGAGGUUGAUUAUACGUCUAAUAAACCUCUAAAUUUAGACUAGAUGUAUAGUCUAAAUUUGGUAUAACAGAGGUAUAGAAAUGAAAGUUUUUUCAACGUCUAAGUUUAUACGUUCUUUCAACGUCGAAAUUCAUACGUUCUUUAAAUGUUUUGAUUUAUAUGUUGUUUAAAAGUGUUUGUUUAUACAUUGUUCCGUCUAUAAUGUUGAAAUGACAUCCAAUAGACGUUUUCAUUUAAACGUCUUUAUGUUAGAUGUUCAUGCUUCUACCAAAUAUAAACCAGGUUUAGACAUAGACAUUGAUUUAACGUUUAUUAGACAUCUGGUCUAAAUCCGCCGACCCGGCGGGGACCGGGCGAGCCUCCCCGUGCGCGGACGGUCCCGGCAGCGGCAGCCGCUGGAGCCCGCAGGUCCCCGGUCAGCCUACGGCGCCGACCGAACGACUCUAAUAAACUUUCAUUUCUAUACCACUGUUAAACCACUUUUAGACUACAGGUCCAAUGGACGUCUAAAGGCACAAUCAUUUCUUGUAAAUAUUUUAACAAAUUUAAUAAAUAUCAACAAUCAUAUUACCAUAAGCAUCUGAUAUAUGUAAAUUGAUGAAAAUAUUCACAGGAAACACCAUCUGUAGAGCCAGAUUCUCUACACCAAAAGUUACCUGCUGCUUACCUUGAUACACGUACUCCCAGGAUGUUCUAUUUUGGCAAUGUUGCUUCUCUUUCUGGACCUUUUAGAAUAUUUUGCUUCUACAGUCAUGCUCAUUCAUAAUUUAACACUGAUCUACAUUUGGCAACUAUCAGUCCACUGUAAUUGAAAUCACAGUACAUUUUUUACUCAGCAUAUAACCAUUACAGUCAUGGAGUGGGAAAAACAAAUUUUUAAUCUCACAUCUAGUAAAAUGAACAUUUAAAAAAGACAAAAAUCCAUAUAUCUAUAUACAAACAUAGCAACAAAGUAUAAAGAACAAGAACAACAACAUAAACAAACAUAAAUUUAACUAAUACUAAUACCACAGUACAUAAACAGAGAACACAAAAGUACUGAAAUGAACUAUAAUUAUGAACUAUUUUAAGAUAUAUAUAUUUUUUUAAAUUAGCAGGGUGGUGUUCUGGUGGUGCCCCUCCCACCAUGUCGAGCUGGUGCCUGUUUCAAAUGGUCCCCAAUCGACGAUGCAACCAGUUCCUCUGUUGCUGUUGGGAAGUUAGUGCGAACAGACUCUGCGAAAAGAAAAAAAAAACAAAAGAAACUUGAAUCAUAGUAAGUGUAGAAAUUAUCUGGUAUUGUCCGGAAGGAUUCUUCACUUUUUUACAGCUUCAGGCUUUAAAUGAGUCAGUAACAUGACCAAGAAUAAGUAAUAACUUGCAGAGAUAUAAUUCAUUUACCAAGAACAACUGCGAAGAAAGCAGUUUUCUUUAAGCUUUUUUUCCCCUGGCGUCCUCCACCCAGGAGGUUGUACUUCCUCUGCACGUCAUUGUGUAAAAUUCUGAAAUGGAUAUCAAAGACAAAUAAAUCUCUUAAAGUACGUUCACACCGGACAGGCGACGCAACUUGUCACGUCUCGAGGGGCUGAUGCAUUGCGUGUCCUUAAACGUGUCACUUUGCCACCGUCAUUUGCGUUGCGCAUUACAUCACUCCCACUCUAGGUUUCCCCUCGAUCUUGUCGGAUACUGUGUCCAGCGCUGCUCUUUACUUGCUGAACAAGUCCCUAAAACGUCAGAGAAACCCUCGCCGCAAGUGCCUGUGUGAACGCACCUUAAUACUGCUUACUCUUGCAAUUCACUAGAAAGACUUGAUAAACACCAACAAUACAUGAUUAUAUUAAUAACAUUGACCAUUAUAUUGUCUUGCAUUCAUUUUCAAGUAUUCAUAUUCAUACCUGUCCAGGAUCCUGCGUGUGCAGGUCUUAAUGUCCUUCCCCCCAAGGUGUGACAGUUGUUUUAUCUGUUUGAUGUAAUCAAAUUAUCAAGAGUGUCUAAUGUAUAGAUUUCUAUGAUUUUUAGCAUCUCUAUUUGACUUACCAGUGAACGUUUUAUGCUGGGGUGCCUAUCGAUUUCCAACGACAUGCACUGAGCCUCCUCCAAAGUCCUUAACGGCAACUGACGUAUCCGCUCACCCUCAUCUUCAAUGUCCCCCUGCUGGUUGAGCGAUUUCAAUUCAUCGCGGAUUUCCAAAAGUGUUUCCACGACCAUUCGCUGGAACUCUUAGUGAAAAGAUAUGAUUUAGUUACAUUCAAUUCAAUAAUUACAAUACAUUCCAUAACAGCAUUUUGUACUUCAGUUAUGCCACUCUUACCUUUUUUACUGUCCACAAAACACGGAGUCUGCAAUAGUGUGUGGACAUCUUUGGGCAAAUUGUGGCCAUGUUUGCGGAGGAUCGCCAACAUCUUAUUAACACUACUGUGAGUCUGCUUUGUUUCUACAGCCCAAGCUGCCACAUCGUCUCUUAGGCUUGACAGUUCAUCUUUGGUUUGGGAUUCCAAGUCAACAAGCUCGGUUUCUUCAUCAUUUGUGUCUGGAUAUUCACUAUCACCGUAGUCCUCUUGAUUAUCAGGCUCUUCUUUCACGGUUGUAUUGAAAAAAGUACUUCCUAAAGUGUCCUCUAGCGUGUCCUCCAAAUGCUGUGCUUCAAAAGAUGUUGUCUCAUUUGGUGGUUGGCCCGAUUGACUUGCCCCACCCUCCUCUUGUGUGUCCUCCUGUGACACAUCCUCAUCACUGGUAGAUUCAUCUAAGAAAUCAUCCUCCCUAGCUCUUUUUCUCAGCCACUCUUUCAAAUAAUUAGAGGUCAUAUUCAAUAUGGCUGGAAAGAAAACACAUGGAAAAAAUAAAGUAGAAAAAUAAUCAUGUUAAUAACAGUGUGAGCUUGUAGGUCAACCAUUAUAAAAUUGUUUUGUUUUUUUUAGUACAAUUGGCAACUUGUGAAGCAGGACAUAAUGAAUACCUUUUGUUCUUGAUAAAAAAAAAUGUAGAUACCAAUACUUUUAGAUUUUUACUAUUAGCAUUUCCUAUAGCACUGCUAAUGAAUUAACAAAAUACUAUUGGAAUAAUUCAACUAAUGCGUCCCAUUUUUACCACACAGUGAAAAAAAACAUCUAUGACAAUUACAGUUAAACACAAAUUUUACUAUAUAAAACAAAUCACACUAGAUAAACAAAAAUAACAGUACUGGCAUCAAAAUAGAUUUCAAUUUCUAAUUUAAAUGGAUAGCCUUACUAGCAGCUUUUAGCCUUGGCUCCAACAGAGAGAGCAGGCCCUUAUUUACCUACACGACAACACACGUUAGCAUGGACUAUUUGAUGCUGUUGGGCCCACGCUGGCUAAACUAGCCACAAGCUAGCCCUCGUAGUAGCAACCAGGCUACAUGCGAACUCGAGUUUAAUGUUUGCCGUGAAUGCAUUUCACCGUCACGCAUCAUGAUGCACGACGGUGGGAGGACCAAAGCUCGCAAAAAUAAACAUUCCUAUAAUACCUCCUUCAGCACCCACCUCUUUUUAGCUGAAAGUAUAACUCUCGAACUUUCGAACGACUGGAACUUCUGGUGUAGUCCGACGGUCGUGAGGUCGAGGCUGUGUCCGAAAUGGUAUACUGCCUACUAUCUACUUACCUACUCAAGCAGUACCUACUGCAUACAGGCGUUUUCGGAGACCGAAGCGUCCGCUUGGAGGGUGUUUGCGUCCAUUUACCGUAAACACCGGGCAGCAGCAGCUCCCCCUUCACGUUUCCAAAUUAUUGCGAAGUGUUUUCAUAAUCAACAUCUACACGACACAAACCGGGCGGCAGUGGAUGAAAAAAUCACACAAACAUCUGUGUAUCCAUGGUGAUAAUGCUAUACACCACCUGCUAGGCGUGUGAUGAGCAGCAGAAGGCUGAAAAAUGACCAACACACAACAUAAUUAUUAUGACCUCGUUCGGUUAUUCCUUGGCAAAUACAUCAUUUCCGGACUACAUUCUUUCAUGUACAAUGAUAAUUUCAGAAACCAUCAGAUUUUCAACCACAAGUAAGAAUUAGUGAAGCUCACAUACAUUGUCAACUGGAAACUCCCCCGUUUGUAUAUUCUGAACCAUGUGCUCUCUACCAAUAAUAAUUUUUAUUAAUCAGAGGUCUGUGCUAUAUAUGAGUGACCACUUUGAUGAUGCAUUCAGAGAUGAGAAGAUCCUCAAACUUGAUGUAAUAAAUGCAUCUUUAAUAGAAACUAAAAUAAAUAGUCAAUUCAUACGAAUAGUUAAAAACAUUACCUAUAAUCCUAAUUUAAAAUACAAAUAAAUCUGGUAAAAAGAUCAAAAUAUGAUAAAAUGAUAAAAAUUGUGUAAUGUAUGCUGUUAUAUGCUGUUGUAUGCUGUUGUGUAAUAUUGUUUAUCUAUUUAUAUAUAUAUCAUUAUUAUUGCAAUCACAUGCCAUUAAUUUCUUUUCAGCCUCGGGAAAGAGGGCCAUAUUACCAGCUAAGGUGCGCAAUGCAUUGUGGGGCAGAAGCAGUACGUGAAGCAAGCUCCAUUCCACACUCAGAAAUCGAAGCCGAUUGAGUAUACAUCUGAGCAUUUCUCGCAUACACAAAAUUCGCAUACUGUACAGAGGCGGGGUUAGUAGGAGUAGUAUGCCAUUUCGGACACAGCCCGAGUGUGGACAGAGCGCAAUGCUUCAGCCGGAUGUUGUGCGGUCCACAAUUUGAAGCCGUUUUCAUGUUAUGGUCCGAUUAUGGUAUGAUCUCCAUACGGGUGUAAAGCUGGGCUCUUGCAGAGCUACCAAAUACUUUUUUGUCGCUCAUCUCGUGUUCUUGCGGCUAUGCCGAUAACUUUUAUAACGGACUACUUCGCUCUUGGUGGAAUAAGAAUCUACCCGAAGUGGUUGCACGGUGGGUCACGUGAGCGUGCUCCACCAAUAAGGUGGCUGGAUUAUUGUCACGGCGGCAGUUGGCGUCACCGAGACGGAUAAAACACAUGAAAUCUAAUAAUUAAAUGGAAUUUCAGCGACCAACUUUUGGUCGUUUGGUCAUUCUGUUUACCUCUCCGGCAACUUACAGAAGUGAGCAGGAAAAGCUUGACUCUGAUUGGCUGUUGUGACGCACAUUUCCGCUGAGUAAAUUAGCUCACAGCUGAUCACCGUGAUCGAAGUGAAAUUUAUCAUGAUCAUCGAUCACAAUCAUAUAAUCGCUCAGUCCUACAUGGAAGCGCAGUUUCCCUGACCAGGAUCUGAACGAUGGUCUGUGGGUGCUAAAUCCAGAGCACCAAACUAUUUGCGACAUCUAGUGGUAGGGUUGUAAACUGCAAUUUUGAGAAAUGGGCUCCAACAUUACUCAUAUCAGUACAAACUGAAGUUGUAUUGAUACAUGAGUGGCUUGGUUUUUAUGUGUCUGCCUUUUGCUAAAGGCCAGUGUUGGCUGCAGCAGCUCACAGUAGAACAGUCACACUUGUUAACCAAAUUCUCCAUAAUACAGCUUUAUUAAAAUCUUCUGUUAAUGAAAAAAAUAAUCCCUAGAUUCAUCAGCUGGGCAGCAAGCUCCAGCAGGUUAUUCACUCCUGUUACAUUUGAGCGUAUUGAUUUUUGUGGAUUGAGCUAAUUACUUGGCAUAGAUUGCCUCAUACAUGAAAGCUCAGAACCUUGCCAAAACCCCAGAAUUUAUAAUCCUGAUUUAAUUGUUUAAUUUGUCCGCUCUAUUUCUGAAAAGCUCUUUUUCGACCUGUUUGCAAAACUGUCUUGAAAAGGCUCGAGCUAACCGUGUUUAUAUACAGAAUAUAAUUGAAAAUUGUUCAAAACAGUGGGAUAAAAAUAAGUAUGAAUAAAAGAAGUUACUAAAAGGUGUUCAGUGAUACAGAUUAAGAAUCGGUCAUUGGAAGAUCUGAGUUAGGAGCAGCUGGCCGUGAUUGCCCCCUUAUUUGUACAAGUGCGGUUGAUUUUCCACUCAAACCUGCUCCUCUUCAGUUUUGAUUGCUGUAAAGGAGGCUGACAAAUGUGUAAGAGGUCUUCCUGUUAAGAAAGAAAUCAGGAAUAAGAAUUUUAGCUGAAGCAGACAUCAUAAAGAAGUAAUCAGGAAAGCAGGUUCCAGUUGCAUAUCUUUUUCCAGACUUAGUGGAUAAGUGGCAUAAUGGGUGAACUGGACCUCUUAAGAGGGGUUUUACUUUUUUGUGGCCUAAUGAUUACAACAAUGAAAGUUAGAUUAUGUCCUGCAUGUCCCUGCAGCCUGUCCUUCAACUGAGGAUUUACCAUGUCCCAUUUGGUGAUUACUCACAUUUCAGUUGGAGAAACAAGUGACAUAGUUUGUUGAGGACAGUGUAAAGCAAACCUUUCUCUUUGUAUUUAUUUUGUCUCUAUAGUAAAAGAACAGAAACUUUUCUGUAAUCACCUCCUCCAAAAAACCUGUACUAUUGUGUAAGUCAUGUGUUGUCCUCGAGUUUAAAGGAGGGAUAGAAAACAGAAAUAUAACUGCAGUUCAUGCUAAAGUAAGACAGAGUGAUAAUCUGUUUCUAACAUGCGUUUUAUCUCUUGUCAGGGAGUCAGAGAGGAGGCUGCAUGCAAGGGGGAUUUCAGAUUUUUUUAAAGAGUAGCUGUUUUUCAAGACAUUUUACAUCUGAAUGGUCAAAGCAGCACAGACAAAAGCCAGCUUCAUGGUUGGUUUCACUUUGCAGCACGCUGCUGCAGUGUGCCUCAGAGCACAUGCUUCUAUUGCAAUGGGUAGUGGUGGGGGGAUGGGCUUAGCUAUGCACAAGGACGUAAUGCACUCAGCUGCAGUAGACCUGCGUGGCGGGCCAGUGGCGCAAUGGAUAACGCGUCUGACUACGGAUCAGAAGAUUCUAGGUUCGACUCCUGGCUGGCUCGUACAACCUUUUUCUGUGUUGAAAGCAGCUACGGUGGAAGUGCAAUACUGAAACUCUCAGCCACCACAAUGUCGCAUAGUUUCAAAAUGGAGUGAUAGUCAGAGUGAUAGUCUUACUUCAUGUUUAAAAACAGAAAAACAGAUGCUAUGGAAACAGGUCUUCACAUUUUGCCCUACAUUUAAAGUCUUGUGUGUUCCACUACUGUGCACAUAUUUUGCAUUUGAGGAUGAUUAAGUUCCCUACACACUCCAAAAUCAUCCAGUAUGAGCCAGUUUAGUAGUUUUCUACUUACUACAAAUGAUAAGUUUACUCAACCUUCCAGAAAACAAACCUUACGAUUAAUCUUAAACCCUUUUUAGCCCUUACAAAUCAGUCUAAUGUUUGUCUCCCGCUCUCUCUCUCUCUCCUUGUGUUCUUUUUCAGAUCCUUUUCUCUGCAGAUGAUGAAAUGGAUGAGUCGGAUGAAGAUGAUGUUCGUCGACUCACUGGCCUGAAGACAGUAAAGAAGAAAAAGCUCCGGAUGGGAAUCCCCGUUUGA